AUGGGCAUGCAGACGCUGACCCUCUUUCGCUUCCCCCACCCAAUUUCUCAAAACGCUGUUGUUCCUCGCCAAGCCAUGUCUCGAUCCUCCGGAACCUCCUUUCCCACCUUCACCACUACCUCCAUCUCUUUCUUUCAACUCCAAGAUAAGAACGCUGACUUGUCGUUGAAGAUUGAAGAAGGCUUUGGACCCAAUGGACUGGGGAUUCUAUCCGUCACUGAUGUCCCAGGAUACCCUUCAUUGCGCAGAAAUCUCUUGCAACUUGCACCAAGAUUGGCAAAACUUCCCGAAGAAGCAAAGGAGGAUCUUGAAGAUCCUAACAGUAGGUACAAUUUUGGUUGGAGUCAUGGGAAAGAGAAACUUGAAUCAGGGAAGCCAGAUAUAUUAAAGGGAUCUUUCUAUGCCAAUCCCAUACUUGAUACACCUACAACAGAGGCUUCUUUGAUACAGCGGUAUCCAUCAUAUUGUGGAUCAAAUAUAUGGCCUAGGAGUACUUUACCAGAACUUGAAGUGGCUUUCAAAGCACUUGGCAUGCUGAUAUUUGAUGUCGGAUUGAUGUUGGCAUAUCACUGUGAUCAAUAUGUAUCCAAAGGAACGAAAACUCAGAAGGAUGAAGGUCUGGAAAGGAUACUAUGUCGCUCCCGCUGUCACAAAGGACGUUUGCUAUAUUAUUUUCCUUCACAACAAGGAGCCCCAGAUAGUAACUCUUUAUCUUCUUGGUGUGGAUGGCAUACUGACCACGGUUCACUGACAGGUCUAACUUGCGGUAUGUUUACGAGAGAUGGUUUAGAAAUGUCUUCCCCUGAUAGUGCUGCUGGCCUUUAUAUUCGAACAAGAAGUGACCAAAUCGUCAAAGUUGUCUUCGGAAAAGAUGAUAUAGCAUACCAAAUUGGUGAAACCACUGAAAUACUUUCUGGAGGUUAUCUUUGUGCAACACCUCAUUGUGUCCAGGCUCCCAAGGGAGAGAAGUCUUCUGGUAUUGAGCGCUCGACCUUUGCAUUAUUCAUGCAACCGGACUGGGAUGAAAAACUCAAUUUCCCCAAGGAAGUUCACAUUCAUAAAGAGCUUAUUCCAUCAAAUGCCGCCCUUACUUUUGGAGAGUAUUCAGAGAUGCUGCUAGACAAAUAUUAUCACCAAAAACAGUAA